AUGUCAAAUAGUUCAAUUGAAGGAAAACUGAAAGGUUUACAAGAACGGUUUGAAAAUGAAAUGCGUCGAAGAGGAGAAGGUGGUUUCAACAACCAAAGUGGAAUUGGAACGUCCAGACCGGGGAGCAGUAGAAGACCAAGGCCUCCCCUAUUCCAGACAAACAGAGACAUACCAGCUUUUCCACCAAGAUCACCACAGGCUAGUGAAACUGAACACAGAAUGCGAGAGGUCUAUAAGGUGAGUGGGAAACUGAAUGUGGAUGGUGUAGAGUACCGUUCACAUGUGGAAGAUCUCCAACAACUCGGAGAGCUUGGCAGUGGGACCUGCGGACAUGUUGUCAAAAUGUUGCAUAAACCUUCCCAAACUGUUAUUGCUGUUAAACAAAUGCGUCGCUCCGGUAACUCAGAAGAAACCAAACGUAUCCUCAUGGACCUCGACGUAGUCGUUCGGUCUCACGACUGCCCCUAUAUCGUCAGAUGUCUGGGAUGUUUUGUGACGGACGCAGACGUUUGGAUCUGCAUGGAACUGAUGGCCACUUGCUUCGAUAAGUUACUGAAGAGGCUCGGCGCGCCCAUUCCUGAGGCUAUACUUGGCAAGGUUACUGUUGCGACAGUGAACGCUUUAUCAUAUCUGAAAGACACACACGGCGUGAUACACCGGGACGUCAAACCAAGCAACAUCUUGUUGGACGAGCGUGGUAACGUCAAACUGUGUGACUUCGGCAUCAGCGGACGGCUCGUAGACUCGAAAGCCAAGACGAGGAGCGCCGGCUGUGCUGCGUAUAUGGCGCCGGAGCGAAUAGACCCGCCGGAUCCGACACGGCCAGACUACGACAUCCGCGCGGACGUCUGGUCGCUUGGCAUUUCACUUGUCGAGCUUGCCACCGGAGUGUUCCCUUACAGAGACUGCCAAAAUGACUUUGAAGUUCUUACCAGGGUAAUAGCUGAUGAUCCACCGCGACUUCCGGAGGACACGGAGUUUACGCCAGAAUUUAAAUUAUUUGUGUCACAGUGCCUAACAAAAAACUAUAGACAGCGACCAAAGUAUCCCAAACUGUUAGAACAUCCCUUCGUAGUGAAAUCAGCGCGUAAUUCGAUAUCCGUCGGUGCGUGGUACGCGUCAUUGCCUUUCUCGGGGCAAAGCACGAUGUCCAGGGCUGACUCGGUAUCGACUGUCGCCACGCAUGCUGUUAACACGACGAGCAACGGAGUGGAGACACCUGUCACUCCUCAACCGGGUAGGAACUUUGUGACGAGUUCCCAGCACUGGAUGGAGCAGGUUACCCCGACGCCUACUCGGGCGUGGUGGGCGACGAGUAGCAACGCUAACGCCGGCGGCAGCAGCUCGCAGCCGGCCAGCUUGGAGACUGACUUCUCGAACCACUCGCCUUAUCCUAGACGCAGAACAAUUGACGCAUGCGCGUCACCUCCCCCGCAGCCCGUUCGGAGGGUAUCGGCUGAUAAUAGAUGGAGAGCCUCACCAGCGAGUUCUGGCAACACUAGUCCUAUAGUCCUACAGAGGUUUUACCAUCAAAACCAACAGAGAAGAUCUAGAGUGGAUCUUCAUUCUACGCCUAGGCAUAGAAGUUUAAGUAGAGAGCACAGCACGGGGCGGUCGCCGGAGCCGCCGCCGCGCACGAGCCGGCCGCAGCCCGCGCUGGGCCCCGAGCCCAACGGCAGCGCCGACCUCGACCCGCCCGCGCUGCACGAGCGCCUGCACCCGCCCUCGCCGCUACUGCUUAACGAAAGGCUAUCUGAAGGUCGCAGUCAGAGUUUGACUCGCGCUGAGCUCCGCAACGGUUAUCGGGAGAUGGCCGCUCCUCCCAACCCGCCGCCUAAACAUCACCACGAUGACCAGGGAGGGCAGCCAGCCUCUGACUACCGUCGUCAGUAUCAGUUGAACAAGUACAGGUCGCGAGUUGUGUACUCCAACGCAGCUUGCCGCUCUGCGCGCGCGCUGUGUUUGAAUGUAGCGGGCAGAGCGGCUAGUCGGACGGGUCGUGUCGGUGGGAUAGGCCAGGGUUGUCGCACGUGGGACAUAUGUGUCGCAGGCUGGCUGCACUCGCUGGCCGGGCUGGUGAAGCGCCGGCUCAGCGGGUACGUCAAGUGGCAUCACGUUGCAGCGCGCCGGGACUCGCACCACAACCAUCAUCUGCAACACAGAUGGGGUAACAGUGAGAGUUGGAGUAUGCCAGCGUCCCCACUGCCACCACGGUCCCUUCCCUCGCGUCCCGCCGAUUAG